ACAGGGCGCUUUAAAACAAGUCUUGAGGAGGGAAGAACAUGAAGACAGUUUGCUGUCUCACUUGAAACGCAGUCGAGCUGUUCACAGUGAAGGAGCCGCUGUGGCGCUGCGGGAUCAUGAGAAGCCGUCGUGCUCGUCAUGACGCUGAGAUCCAGGCCCUUUCCGAGCACAGGAUUCAAGACUAACGUGGACACCAUCGACUUUGGUCACAAGCACGUCGGGGUGAACACCGUGAGCAUCAAGAGGGAGCCCUGCGACUUCGUCAUAGAUGCUCACAACGUGCAGAAGGCCGAGACCCCAAACAAGUCCAAGGACCUACAUCAGAUUUAUAUGACAAGCAAAGUUGCUGUUGCCGCCACUGUUGCAGAAAUAGUUCGAGGAGACAAAACCGUGGGGAUAUUGUCCCCUGUCAGACCAAUGGGGGGUGAGGGAACCCCGGUGAAAGGUAAACCCCUCUCUGUCGACAGUAUGGAUCCUCAGAUGGCUGUGAACAAUAAUCCUAAGGAUGCUGGUGCGGGAGACAGCGCGAAGGGGGUUGUCCCUGGAGUCCUCGGCACCGCUUCCAUUGAACUGUCCUCUGAGGGGAAAUGGAGGAACAUCAGGAAGACCCCCGCCAGUCCCCAAGCACAAGCCAACUGCCUCCGUCAGAUUCUCCUUCUCCAGCUGGACCUCAUUGAACAGCAGCAGCAACAGCUGCAGUCCAAGGACAAGGAGAUAGAUGAGCUCAAAGCAGACAAGGAGAUGUUGCUUGCACGCAUUGAGCGGAUGGAACGUCGCCUCCAGCUCACAAAGAAGGACCCACCUCGUGACAAACGCCUUUUCCAGCCACUGGAGCCGUGGACCCCUGACAAAGAGGACAUGUGGGAUCUGGAGAUGGAGGAGAGUUCACAGCCGAACACAGCCACCCCCCUCCAGUUCAACCGGGGUGGCAAGGGUCAAAAAAGGAAGUCUUGCUUUGGAGACGCAAAAGCUCAGAAAUCUCGGGGUAAAAGUGCAAAGCUCAGUCCCCCAAAGUCUGAAAUGGAGCCGGGUUCUCCAAACCAAAGAGAGCUGCGCAGUAAGGAAACCCCGGAGAAGACGGUUCCGAUCCGGCUGAGUCCGGACGGCUUGCUUCUGUGCAAAGAGGAGCCGGAGCUGAGCUGCCAGAUGGAGGACCUGCCCUUCAUGUCCACCACAGAGAUGUAUCUGUGCUGCUGGAACCAGCCUCCGCUCUCCCCUCUGCGAGAAACUUCCCCCAAAAAGGAGGAAGAGGUGGCCAGUGAGUGGACUCCUCAUGUAGUUCAUGAUAUGCUGAUUGUUUUUCCCUCUUGGAGGGAAAACUGUAUAGAGCCCCUGGACGAGGACUCUUUCUGUGAGCCUCUGGACGACGGAGUCUUUUUGAAACGCCACGCUAAGUUGGAGUUGGAUGAGAAGAGGAGAAAAAGAUGGGACAUCCAGAGGAUCCGAGAGCAGCGCAUGUUCCAGCGUUUGCAGCAGCGCAUGAACAGGAAGAAGGUGGUCCAGGAGUCGGAGCCCGAGCUGUCGUCCUUCUACCCCGACACCGAAGACGUGGAAGCUAUAGUGAUCACUCCGUUUUUGCCCGUGGUGGCGUUUGGUCGGCCGCUUCCCAAACUCACACAACAUAACUUCGAUCUGCCGUGGCUGGACGACCGAAGCCGCUGCCGCAUCGAGGUGCCCAAGAAGCACACGCCUCACCGAACCUGUCGGAAGUGAAACCCAGCGGAGAGUUUCUGCUUCGCGCUCCAACUAGAAGAUGCUUCGCCCGUUUCGUUUUCGCUCUGACGGGGAGUCUCGACGUGUCGCCGCAGAUCAGCUGCUUUUUGAGUCGACGCGUCGGCAGGUCCAGGAGUUCAGGGCGUGUUCUGUGACGCGUUUUCUCCAAGCUGUGCCAUUUAAAACCAAACACAAAAAAAUCAAUUUGAAUCACUCAGAGGUGCAGUUUGAACGAGAAACCAGCGUCUGGAGCAUGUAGGGAAACACUUUGUCGUCCUUCUGACGCAGAAACAAGCCUGAGCCCCUCACAAUCAUUAAAGCUUCAUAUUCUCGCUGCGAGUAGCUUUAGCACGCUCAUUCUCUGCUUUCGUGGACAAAACAGUCAAAAUCAGACUGCCGUGCCGUGUUUUGGUCAUAUUGUUGUUUGCACACAGAUUUUAAUAAGUUUUUUUUUCAAUGUUAAAUGUGAUAUUUGAGGAUUUGGAGCCAGCAUGAUUCCAUAAAUACAAAAAACUUGAGCCAGUUUAUCGUCAGGAUCCAGUUCAACAGCAGAGCGAUGCUGUUCGUGUCGGCAUGGAAAAGUCCCGGCGGCUU